AUGAUAAAGAGAGAACUCAAGGUGGGUGACCGCAGAAUUGCCCAGGUGACCUUGUUUACUAGCCUGCUCGCCAGCUUGCCCCCGGAGCUAUUCGAGGAUGUAUUGCUCCGACUCGAUGCGACUGCGUUGCUACAUCUGGUGAAGACGAGCAAGGGGUUUCUCGAAACCGUCCGGCCUUUUCUCUGGAAGGAUGCAUCUUUUGAGCUGGCCAAGAUGAGACCUAUCGACGCUAAGCUCAUACAUGGGCAAUUUCUGCAGAAUUACACCAUGACUCUCAAACUGCGAUUUGACCUCUCAGCGAGAUCUAAACGGCUUGUAGCUACGAACUUCCGCCAACUCUGCCACUAUGGAAUCCGUAUGUCUAAGCUGCACAUACUCACAUUCUGCGACAAAUCCGCGCUAGACUUGGCCAGCUGGAAGUUCCUCAAGACAGUAUUGACCUCGGAAAGUUCGACGCUUAGUACGACUCUUCGGACCAUACACUUUCCCCGCACCUCACCGAAACGAGACAUUGUCAACCCCCUGGAAGAAUUCUUGCCCAUCGAAAUCUAUCAAGAUGGUCGACCGCGGCGUACAACGAAUUGUUCGGCGGCUUUCGAAAUCCAGACGCCGGUUUCCGAGCAUAGACCUGACGGCGUGCUCACCAUUAAGAUCAACGGACGGACGAACAGGCUUGGUGACGUGUACAGAGAAGCCGCAUGGGGGACCUACACGCCUGUCGUCAAGGAUUUCGUUCUGAAAGUGGCUCGUCUAUGUGAGGAUGACAAGCCUCGUCUCUCAUCAGCCAGCAUCAGCCACGACAAUGCUGAUACCUAUACUGACGUUGGAUAUCUCAUGAGCGAUGUCGGGGUUGGAAGUAUCGACAAGCCCGCAUCUGUGCCGAAGAUCAGCUACGAUACCAUCAAUUUCAAGCAUUGUCCAUACGGCCGACUGCGUAACAAGUGGGAAGAUCUAGAUAUGCUCAGCAUCAAGGAUAUCACUUUGACGGACUGUCAGAAUGUCCACAAAUUCUUCGAAGGUUGUAUGGGUGCCGAUGAUCCGCCACAAGUCCAGCGCCUCAUCUUUCGUUCACUCGACGAUGAAGACAUGAUCCAUGAGAAGGAUCAUACUUAUCUCACCGAGUUCGUCCGCGACUCAACUGAAAUUGAGGAGCUCAGCAUCGCCACGGCUACAUAUUGGGAAUUGAACCCUGUCCGCAUGCUGCAUGACAUGUCUCACCUGACCGUUCUUGAGUUCAGUGACGGCAACAAAGAUAUCCAUAUCGAUUUGCUUAGCGAGAUCGUGGUUCUAUGUCCAGCGGUCCGAGAGUUUGGCAUGCGUUGUUCAGCGAUUCAACGUGUCUUGGAGAAAGGAAAAAUUACCGAGGCAUUUCGUCAGAAGGUGGCCGCUAUCGCCAAACAACUGGUCAAAUUGGUCAGGCUCGAGACGGUCACGUUCGUGUAUCGCACGCUCGGUCAAGAACCCAAUUUCCGUCAUGCCCAUGAGGUUGUUAUCGGAGACGAACGGUACAAGAUUGUGGCAAAUGAGAUCUACCGUCAGCUUGUCGAGGCCGCCAAAAAGGCUGACCAGCCAUGCAUCAUCAAGACGAUCCAGCUAAAGAGGCAGUUAUAUCAAGAGGAUAGAGGUCCAGUGUCUCUCACCAUUAAGCUGCCUGAGGCCGUGAUCCACGUUUUCGAAUAUUGA